AUUGUUACUGUAGGUUUUUCUGUUACUGUUACUGGCAAGGGUUUCAACCCGACAUUGGGUCUGUGAGCGUUUGACCUUCUUGUCACUGGUAGUAACUCUCCUCAAAGACCUCAAAGAUCCCAAAGAACGGUACCAGAGUGGUAGAUCUGACGGCCUUGGCUUAAUACUCCGCCGAACGUUUCAACUUUCACUUUGGGACUUCUUGAAACACUCAGCAUUGCUAUAGGGUCCUAAAAAGCGAUUCUGGUGUAUUUUAACCAUGGCAAGCCACAGAGCCAACACCACAACCUCAACAACCUCACCCGAACCCACGAACUCCAUCCGUUUAACGUCGCCCAUAAUGCAAGCCAGCUCGCAUCGCGUCAGCUCGAACCAUGCAUCCUCCUCCAGAGUGCGGUCUCGUCCACUCCCACCUCCGCCUUCAAAACGUCGGCGCGACACAGAUGAUUCCACCACUUCAUCUUCACCUGUCUUCAAAGCCCCUCGAACCACUGAACGCAACGGCGAGAUCGGCCGGACGGUGAACUCUGGUAUCGACUUGACUGGCGAAUCACAUGUCGAUUUGACCAGGGAGGCGCCAGUCCCGCAGAUCGACUUGACAGGACACUCAGGCUCAGCUCAUAUGUCACAAGCGCUAGAUUUGCAGCGCAGAGCGGCACAGCAAGCAAAAGAUGCCGCCAUGAAAGCGGACGAAAAACUUCUCAAGAAUCGCAAGAUCCCAACUGAAGAAAAACGAACGACCCUGACCGCCUACAAGUGCCCAGUGUGCAUGGAUACCCCGGAAAACGCAACGAGCACUCUAUGUGGACAUCUCUUCUGCCAUAAAUGCAUACUUGAAUGCAUAAAGAUGAGCCAGCAAGUAAGACUGGAUGGCACGAAACCCAAGCCUGCUUGUCCGGUGUGUCGGAAAUCGCUUAUGACAAGGGGGGAUAAGGAUGGCAAGUCGAGCUUGACUCUGCUGAACCUCAAGUUGCUGUGCACAAGAAAGGAUGAAUCCCCAGCUGUAGCUGCGGAAUAGUCUUUCCCUGCUCUUUCAUUUU